AAGGAGAGCAGGUUUAAAAUUUAUUAAAAGUCACCAAUCGCCAAUUAAAUGUUUCUGUAUACGUUUCGUACGUCGCCAAUCGUGGAAUCCAUUCAAGCCUUGAUGAAUCGCGCACACCGUACCGAUCCAAAACUUCUCCUUUUCGAGCAGGAUUUCUCCGAUCUUUUCGUUCGAAAGUUGAUCAGUAUUGUCCACAUAAUCGAUCAGAAUGAAGCGAAGAAAUUUCGUUGGAUUUUCGGCAUCGUUGCAACAUUCGAUGAAGUGCUUGACAAUUUGACAAGAUUUAACUUGGUUCUUGAUGUGGCUUUUGUAAUUGGCCAAACGAUGUUUCCAGCUGUUUGUGGAGCCAAUGCCUUGUUUUUUGCAUUUAAGACAAUAGCACAUGUAUACGACGUGUUUGGUAGUACAAGUGAGCUGUUUACGGAUUUUGAAAUGCUUCUUUGUAGCGUUGCAGGUAAAAGAGUCGACGUGAUCAACAAAGUUGCUGCAAGAAUCGCAUUUCUUCUCACAUGGUUGAAUUCGUCAUCUGAAGAGCAAAUCCGACGCAAUCGUGUAGCAACGCCAAGCGAUAUGCCAUCUUUUAAGCGUUUUGGAUGGCACGAGUUGCCGUGGAGAUACAUAAGACUACUUGUUGGUUUGCAGUAUACUGAUGUAGAAAGUUUUUUCUCCUUUAUUUCGAUCCGCAAAUCAAGAAAACAUAUGGAUUUCCCGCCGACUUCCAUUGUGAACUCGAUUCCAGGUGCUAAGGUGUUGAUGAAAUCGAGAAAUGUUCGUAAACGAUUCGGAUCGCCACACCAAAGGGACAAACAAUCGUCGCGGUAUCGACCAAAGUAUUUGAUCUCUGGAAAUUCGUUAUCCAUUGUCGCAAGAACAGCAUCAUCAACGCAUUUGAUGGCGAUGUCAGCGUAUGAACAAGAGUUGGCAGCUCCCAUGGCAGUUCCAUUCGUUUGCAUGAGAUGCUUUCCAUCGAAUGUAGAGUUGUUGUGCGUGAGGCAAAUCUUCAGUGCUUCAACAAGGCAAACAGUUGAAGGUGAUUGUUCUGCUCUGGUUUCAAGACAGCUACGUACAGCAUUUAUUCCUAAAGUGUUGUCGAUGCUAGGGAACAUGUUUACGAUAUCGAAUGAGACAAGUAUGGUGUUGUCGGUAAUCGUUUUCGAAUUCAAGUUGUCAAUUAUUUGCAAGAGAUGUUGGGUAUCUUUGAUCCUUGUAGUAAUCGAUUCGGCCAUUGGAGCACAAUGUUUCUCAACAAAGAUUGCAAGAUUCUCAAUGGCGGUGUUGCAUCCUGUAGUGAGGAGACGAACAGGUGUACCAGCUUUGUGUGUCUUGUAAAGGGUUGAAUUUUUACCAGGUUGGGCGUUAUCGUUGACAAUGAAGUUAGCCCAUUUGUAGGAUAAAUCGCCUUUGUUUUUCCAUUUUGUAACAAAACGAUCUACCACUUCAAUGUGAUUUUGUGUUGGAUCGUUGUCAAUCUCGAUGAAGUUACUUCUUUCAAUUUGUUGACGUGCCUUUUCACGAUCUGUUGUUUUAUUGACUAAGACGAAACGAUUUCCCUUAUCUUGAAUACGAAGGAUAGUUUGGUUUUCGGGAUCGUGCAUGUGUUUAAAGCUUGUUUUUUCUCUCUUGUCAAAUUUGAUUGGUGUGGUUUUCUAGUCGUAUCAGAAAAAAGAUCAUUUUCAAACCGACUCAAAAAUGUCUCAAGUUCGUAGAAAUUCGAACGAGGUGCGAUGCUUGAUACCGUUUUCUUUACGUAAGGUGGCAAUAUGGUAUCUUUGGUCUGGUGUGGUUCAUCUGUAGGUGUGUGGUUAUGGUCUCAGAAUGGAAGAAAGCUCGACUUCUUAAUCUAUGUUUGAAGUUAUCGAAAUCUUUAAGAAGCUGUAACCAAUUCAUACUGGACAGCGAUGGAAUGAGGGAAGGUCCUUUGCUGCAAAGAGAUGACAAAUUUGGAUCGAUGGGCUCAUCAGUAAGGUUGAUGGGUUCAUGCGAUGGUAUUGGAAUAUCAGAAAUAAGAUUCUCUUUAGCGUUGGUUUUCCUUUUCCUUUCUUUUGCAACGAUGUAUAAAUCAACGUUUGUAAUUUGCUCGAUCAACAUUAAUUUAUCUCUUCUAUACUUUUUAAUACGUCUGUUUUUGAAGAUUGA